UGGGAAAGCUUUUAGUUUAGCGUUUUCUGUGUUUCCGUUUUUUUUUUUUACAUUUUCGCCUUCCUCCAAAGUUCUCCUUCUCCGGUGCUCUCUCUAUCUCAGCAAGACAGCAAGUGGCCUAAAAUGGGAAAUGCAGUUUCGGCACGCCGUAAGUAAAAAUGGAGGGAGUGGCGGAGAGAACAACCAAAAGGAAACAGAUUUUAGAGAAGAAGAAAGUUGUUGAUGGGUUGAUCAGGGCUGCUUCUUCACUCAAAAACCCUCUUGCUCCUUUUUCCGAAUUCCUCAAUUAUAAUCUCCAAGGUCUCUGUUUGAGCUUGGAGGGAGGACAUGGAGCCAAGUUAUCGCGUUCCUUGAAGCAGUAUGUUCUGAAUCUGGUUAAGCAAAACAUGCAGCAACAUUAUGGAGAUGAGUGGCCCAAAGAAGAGAAAGUGAAAUGUCGAGAUAUGGUUGCUCCAGAGGCGCGCUACAUAUUUGUAUAUGAAGUUCCAACUCUGGUUAGCAGUACUGAGAAGAGAUUGAUGCCUACAAAUGAGCACAAGAAUGAUGUUGUUGGGUUUGUGCACUACCGUUUUAUAACAGAGGAGGAGCUUCCAGUUCUCUAUGUAUAUGAAUUGCAACUUGAGCCACGCAUACAAGGCAAAGGACUUGGGAAGUUCUUGAUGCAACUUCUAGAGCUGAUUGCUCGAAAGAAUUGUAUGGCUGCUAUAGUGCUUACAGUUCAGAAGGCAAACUUAUCAGCUAUGUUUUUCUACACCAGUAAGUUAGGUUAUUGUAUAUCAAGUAUGUCGCCAUCAAGAGUUGAUCCACUGGUAGGAUUACGUAAGAAUUAUGAGAUCCUUUGUAAAUCAUUUGAUCAGGAAGCUAAAAACAAGUUUGAGGUGCACCUUUUGAGUCCUGAACAAAAUACGUAUUGUGGUCAAUUCACUGGUUUCUUCAAAUCUCAGUUUGAGCUGAUCAAUGAUUUCUGGUCUUCUGGUGCAGUAAUCUGAUAUGGUUACUUGGUGUUGCUUAGCAAGAGUGGCGGCAGGGGCAGCGGCACUUACUACCAAGUUCACUGGGUUUUCACUAAUUUUUACUGAAGAUUUGAAGCUUUAGAUAUCGAGGCACUCGUUUAAUUCAAUGAAUAAAGUAUGGUAAAUAGCUCUAGAUAUUAGAUUAUACGGUGUUGAUUAGCCGGAAAAGGGAAUAGUGGUCAUCCCUAUACUAAUGCUGUAUAUACUUUACAAACUGCAAACUGAAAUCUGUGUUCAGAAAUCUGUGUUCUUCCAUCUUGUGCCGAAAUCUGUGUUCAGAAAUCUGUGUUUAUACAUAGCAAGAGUUUUCUUUUUGCUCA